AUUUCCCCGGAAUUGGACCCCUGCACCACCACAAGAGCAACAAUAUGCAUCGAACGAGCAUGGACUUCCUUCUCAAUCCCGUCGCAUGCGACGCAAACGAAGUCGCCGAGCCCCAUUUCCAGACAGCAUCUCAGCAACUACUUGCUAGACCACUCCAUGCAAGCAGCCCUCCCCUUCUACUUGGUCCGCACCCCCAAUCGUGGAAAUUAGAGACGGCUGUCCAAGAACUAAUCUCGGUCGAAUUCCGACACACAUGCCUUACACAACCCACAGCAGCAUCGCAACCCCAACGCCAUCAGUGCAAGAUCUUGGGCUGCACCACCGCCUCCGUGAGCAAGGGGCUAUGUGUUCGACACGGGGGUGGAACGAGAUGUGCGGAACCAGGGUGCACCAAACGAACAAAGCGGUUUCAGCGGUGUUACAUGCAUGGUGGCUUCCUCAUGUGCAGUGAGCACGGGUGUGCCAGCAAAGCCAAGCGAUUCGGACGUUGCUGGGCUCACGGGGGCGGUAUCACAUGUACCGAAGCUGGUUGCGACAAGUUGUCGGUCAAAGGGGGUUUGUGCUGGACCCAUGGCGGCGGGUGCCGGUGCGAUGUCCAGCAGUGUGGUCGUCGCGCUUACAAACGCUUUGGCUUUCGCUGCCAACAACAUGCAACAAAUACUGCGGCAGUACGUAGUGUAACCUAAGCAUAACUUGUAAAAAUCUUGAGCCAACGUGAA